GGUCCAAGAAUGGAUGCUGCGCCUGUAGAGAGAGACGAAUUAAAUGUGAUGAAGUAUUACCAGCGUGUGGGCGGUGUGCACGCCUAAGCUUGAAUUGUUGUAAACCGGAACCAUCAAUCCCCCUUAGGCUCCGGAGACGCGGUUAUGGCUCUAUCAAAUCGCGAAACACCUGGGAGCCUCCGAACAUUUUGCCGAAUGUACAGCAGCAGAGUCCAAGUUCGCCUCUCAGUUCUCCAGCUCUUGAAGGAGACGGUGUCCCACCGUCAGAUGCCGGCUCGUCAAUGAGCCAUGAGUGUCAAGGCUUCUCUACAGCCAGCCGCGGCGGCGCUUCAGUCUCCCUGGUUACACCUGUGGUGACUGAGGAUGCGUUAUCUACCACACCAAGACCUCUAUCCGGGGAAGCAAUCACUGAGCCGCAGCAAGAGGCAUAUAUGUUACUAUCGCCUUCAUCUGCUCAGUCCCAUGUGCUACUUGAUAACACUUUCGACAUGAUCCUUCCCGACAACGGCAUGGAGGAGACAUCUUGGCUUGGCGACAGUGAUUUAUGGGAACCGACUCUCCCUCCAUUCCCUACCGUCACUACAGGAACACCGAAUAUCCCUUCACAAUCUCAGUGGAUUGGAAGUAUCAGCGCUUUAACCACUCCUGCACUUCAAGCAGACAUGAUUGCCGCACACUCGAAUUCAUCUACUUGGCCACAUUCCAUACAAGUAUCCUCCGACCUACGUCAGCUCUCUUCGCCCAGAUUAUCUCUGCAUUUUGACCUACCAGAUGCCCUCAACCUCGACAAAUACGAGAAGAGAGCGUUAGAAUACUACCAGGGUCAAUACACAGACUUACGUCGCGUAAAAGGAUUCUCCUGGUCGGCUUAUUCCAUAUUUCUUACUAUUGCUUUGAAGGAAGACGUGGUCCUUCGCUUGAUGUUGGCUGUCUCACUACAAGGCAUGUCCCAUCACAGUCACGACGAAGGCAUUUCGCUAUCAAGUAAAGCGAACCUCAACAAGGGGCUGAAACUCCUACACCGAAUCCUUCUACAGGAGCAUCCUGACCACCUUGUUGUGAUGGUCUCAUUCUGGCUGCUCAUACUAUGCACAAUGGAUAACGCUGCCUCUUCAACAGGACUGCAGAGGCGAGAUCUGAGUGCAAAGAUCCACAAUUAUGUUAUCACGCAUCGCCUCUACAAUCGAUGCGGUUCUGCUGCCGAAGAUGAUGCUGUGAAAUCGAAUAAAAUCUUACAUAAUGAGACAGCCUUUCAUAGUCUCAUCUACAAACUUCUUGGAAUGCUCAUCUAUGCCGAUGUGCAACUAAAUUUCGUCUCACAUGGGGGUAAACUCUCUGAUCUUCUUCUCGAGGGAGACUGUAUGCGGCGCAUACGACAAAUAUCUCGAAACUACCUAUAUCUCAACCACGGCAACAGAUAUCCGUCUUCAGAGCUCACUUACGAUAUAGAAAGUGUCGAGUGCUAUGACGUAUAUCAUGAGUAG